UAUAUCUUUAUAUGUUUAAAGUCACUCAAGAGAGUUAGAAUAUGCAGUUGAAAUUCAUAUCUCGUCGAAUUCACCUCGUUCAUAUUAGUUAAAGUAUUAUAUUUGUGAUAAAUCAUCAAGAUGUCUUUAACAAGCAACGAAUAUAUAAAAGAUAUUACAGAUUUUACUGAACCAACAAAAAAUGAAAAAAGUGAAAUAGCUCCAUUUUUUGCUCACACUAAUAUUUUGAUAACAGGAGGAACAGGAUUUCUGGGAAGUUUACUCAUUGAAAAAUUACUCAGAAAUUGUCCGGAUAUUGCAAAAAUAUAUGUAAUAAUAAGAUCGAAAAAAGGGAAAACUGCUUUGGAACGAUUUCAUAAAAUUUUUGAAAAUGUAAUAUAUGACAAGUUAAGAUAUAAGCAAACAAAUUUUUUGGAAAAAAUCGUAAUGUUGGAAGGUGAUGCAACAAAAGAUGAUUAUGGAUUGUCAUCGGAAGAUAAAAAUCUUUUAAUGAAUGUAAACAUUAUUUUUCAUGUGGCUGCAACUGUCCGAUUCGAAGAAAAACUUCGUACUGCAAUAAAUAUUAAUGUUAAAAGUACAAAAUUUUUAUUGAAAUUUGCACAAAAACUUCCAAAUUUCAAAGUUUUCGUGCAUGUAUCUACUGCAUUUGCACCUUGUACGGAAAAUAUUAUUGAUGAGAAACACUAUAAAAAUACUAUAGAUGCAGAUAAAGCCUUAGAAUUAUUAGAUAUAUUUGAUGAUAAAAAACUUGAACAAAUUACACCCAUAUUACUUGAUAAUUGGCCAAAUACAUAUAUUUAUUCUAAGGCAUUAGGAGAAAAUAUGAUAUUGAAAUAUAGUGGUAAUCUUCCAAUUUGUAUUGUACGGCCUAGUAUUGUUACAUCAACUUUUAAUGAGCCAGUUUCUGGAUGGAUAAACAAUAUAUAUGGAGUUACAGGUGUAAUAAUAGGAAGUGCAAUAGGUUUAUUACAUACAUUACCUUGUAAAGCAGAGAAUGUAGCUGAAGUUAUACCAGCAGAUUAUGUUAUUUCUAAUAUUAUUUGUUCUGCUUGGGAUACAGUUAAUAGAAAACUUGCAAUAAAACCAGAUCAAGUUCUUAAUCUUUCUGACGAAGAAAGAAUACCAAUUUAUAAUUGUGUAUCUUCUUGUCAAAAUCGAAUUUCAUGGGCUGAAUUAAUGAAAAUAAAUGAAAUUUAUGGAUUGGAAAUACCUAGUGAAAAAUGUGUUUCAUAUUAUAGUCUUACAUUGAACAGAUAUUUAUUUAUGCAUAAAAUUUAUGCUUUGAUUUUUCAUAUAAUACCAGCACUUAUUAUUGACAUAGUAAUUUAUCUCAUUGGUCGGAAACCUAUAUUAUUAGAUGCAUACAAAAAAAUACAUAAAUUUAGCAAUUUAAUACAUUAUUUUUCAAUAAAUGAUUGGAAAUUUCAAAAUAAAAAUGUUAUAAAUCUUUGGCAAAAAAUGAAUUCUACAGAUCGAGAAAUUUUUUGCUUCAAUAUAGAAAUGCUAGAUUGGAAUGAAUAUUUUUAUCAAGGAGUGAGAGGUCUUCGUUAUUACAUAUUAAAUGAUUCAAUGGAUACAAUAGAUGCUGCAAAAAGAAAAUUUCAAAAGUUACGUAUUGCAUACUAUACAUUUAAUUUGGCAAUAACACUAUUAUUUUUAUGGAUUGUGUUUUCAUUUAUAAAUUUUUUUUGGUCUUUUUGUCCUUUAUCACAUUAAUAUUUAUCAAUAAGGUCAUUAUUUUUACAUAAAA